CGUGAGUCCCCCACUGGCUGCUCGCAAAAGCCAUCUUUGCAUUGUUCCCUCCGCCGCCCUCCUUCCCUUUUUUCGCCUCUCCGCAGCCUCCUCCUGCCGUCGCCGCUUCCCCCUUCAUCCCGCCGCACCGCUCGCCCCGGGGGGGAUUUUUUUUUCCUUUUUUUCCCCCCCCUCUUUUUGGGGGAGCUUUUUCAACUUCCCCCUUUUUCUCUGCCAAUUUUUUCUCCUGCCUCCCCCCCUUUUUUUUUUUUUUUAUUUUUCCUUCGUGGCAUCUCUCUUCCCCCCCCCUCCCCCGCGUGCCUCAACAUGUCAGACACAGCCGUGGACACCAGCUCCGAGAUCUCCACCAAGGAUCUAAAAGAGAAGAAGGAAGUCGUGGAGGAGACGGAGAACGGCAGAGAUGCGCCAGCCAACGGGAAUGCUGAGAACGAGGAAAACGGGGAGCAGGAGGCUGACAACGAGGUAGACGAAGAGGAGGAAGAAGGCGGUGAGGAAGAGGAUGAAGAAGAAGAGGGGGAUGGUGAGGAGGAGGAUGGAGACGAAGACGAUGAGGCCGAGACAGCCACAGGCAAACGGGCAGCUGAAGACGACGAGGAUGAAGACGUCGAUACCAAGAAGCAGAAAACCGAUGAGGAUGACUAGACAGCAAAAGGAAGAGAGUAAAUUAAAAAAAAAAAAGAAAAAGAAAAGAAAAGGCCACAGUGACCUGUUCACCCUCAACUUCCCGUCUCAGAAACUAAACGUGGUCACCUUCGAGUAGAGAGAGUCCCCGGCCGGCCGGCGUUGCCACCCCACGCAGACAACCCAGCGCGUUCCAACCCAACUCUGACCAAACCAACCACAACGAGAAUUUCCAACAGGGGAGGGAAAAAAAAAAACAGAACCAAAACUUCCAAGGCCCUGCUUUUUUUCUUAAAAGUACUUUAAAAGGAGAAUUUGUUUGUAUUUUUUAUUUACAUUUUAUAUUUUUGUACAUAUUGUUAGGGGGGGGGUCAGCCAUUUUUAAGUGAUCUCGGAUGACCAAACAGCCUUUGAAGUGUUCUCUGUCCAACUUCUGACUUUACUUGUGGUGUGACCAUGUUCAUUAUAAAUCUCAAAGGAGAAAAAAAACCUUGUAAAAAAAGCAAAAACAACGACAAAAAAAUACAAUCUUAUUCCGAGCAUUCCAGUAACUUUUUUUUGUGUAUGUACUUAGCUGUACUAUAAGUAGUUGGUUUGUAUGAGAUGGUUAAAGGCCAAAGAUAAAAGGUUUUUCUUUUUUUUUUUCCUUUUUUUUUUUUUGUCUAUGAAGUUGCUGUUCAUUUUUUUUUUUUUUUUGGCCUGUUUGAUGUAUGUGUGAACGUGUCCAACAAUAAACCGGAAUUUUAUUUUGCUGAGUUGUUCUAUCGAA